AUGGUCCGCAUCAAGCACCGCUACCUCCUCCUCAACAUCCUCUUUCCAGGCGAUGACGCGCCUCACCGUGAAGCCAAUUCCCCGCCGUACUUGACCUUCCACCACCCCUCCCCAUCGAACUUCCAUGGCGGCGCCUUAAUAGUGGCCUUCCGCGCAUCCAUCGCCACCCAUUUCGGCGACGUCGGCGCCGGCCUAGCCGCGCCUUCUUUGAAAGUGAUCUACUUCUCUCCUACCACAUCCACCGCCAUUGUGCGAUGCCCGCGACAGCACUUUCGGCUCGUGUGGGCCGCGCUGACAUACAUGACGUCGAUACCGGGCGAGCAGAGGGGCCAGACAGUGCCUUGUGUGGUGCAGGUUGUGCGUGUCAGUGGAACGAUCAGGAAGAGUGAGGACGAAUUAAUACUGCGGAGUAAGCGGGAUAUUGUCAGGGCGAAGGAGUGGGAAGAGCAGACGGAGGGAGGCUUUGGUGCUUUAUCGAAGAUCAUGGGUCGAGGGGCUCCGACGCCGAUGGCGGCGCCUACUGGGAUAGACUCGGUGAUCUCAGAGGACGAGGAUGACCUGGACUACGACUGA